CUAUCAUGUGAUCAGCAGUGUCAAAUCACAGCUGAUCACUGAUCAUCAGUGCCCUGGUGAUUAGUGUAACCCCAUCAGUGCCACCUGUCAGUGUCCAUAAUUGCCACCUGUCAGUGCCCAUCAAUGCCACAUACCAGUGCCCAUCAGUGCACAUCAAUACCACAUAUCAGUGCACAUCAAUUCCACAUAUCAGUGCCUAUCAGAGCUGCCUUUCAGUGCCAACUAUCAGUGCCAGUCAGUGCUGCCUAUCAC